GAAGAAGACAGCUGAAUCCUCAGUAUCGGCAAUGUAGGCGACACAGCUGACUGUAAAAAAAAAAAAACCUUGAAAGAUCUUCAUUUUGUAGCCUUUGUUCGUUAGUUUUUCCUGUUUUUUCUUAUUUGGGUGCUUUAUUUAAAGAACACUGAUGUCACACAGAUUUCCGACGUGGCAUUAUGGGAUGUAGCAGAGGAUGCAGAGCUGUGACCUCUGGACUGUAAGUUUUUGUCCUGGGCAGCUGAGCCAGGUUGUCCUGAAUGGCGUGCCCGCUUCAGUUUGUCUGCCGGACGACCCGCACCGUUGGGCUGGUCCUCUUUUACUAUGUCUUCUCUAUAGGCAUCACCUUCUACAACAAAUGGCUGAUGAAGGGUUUCCAUUUUCCGAUCUUCAUGACGCUGGUCCAUUUAGCCGUCAUCUUCGGCCUGUCGGCUCUGACGCGGUCCAUCUUGCAGCUGUGGACUGGGAAACCCCGCGUUGUUCUGAAAUGGGCGGUUUACUUCAGAAAAGUGGCUCCCACAGCCAUGGCAACAGCGCUGGAUAUCGGACUUUCCAACUGGAGCUUCCUCUUCAUCACCAUCAGCUUAUACACCAUGACCAAGUCUUCUGCGGUGCUCUUCAUCCUCUUCUUCUCCCUCAUCUUUAAACUUGAGGAGCCGAACCCCUUCCUGAUCCUGGUGGUCCUGCUCAUCUCCACCGGGCUCUUUAUGUUUACGUUCCACUCAACCCAGUUCAACAUGGAGGGCUUCGUCAUGGUGCUGCUGGCAGCCUUCAUCGGAGGAAUCCGCUGGACCCUCACACAGCUCCUCAUGCAGAAAGCUGAGCUGGGCCUUCAGAACCCAAUCGAUGCCAUGUACCACUUACAGCCUCUGAUGUUUCUGGGUCUUUUCCCUCUCUUUCUGUACAAUGAAGCUCUGAACCUCAGCAUGUCGGAGAAGCUGUUCCGGGUGACUGAGCUCCGUCCUCUCCUGUAUUCCCUCUUCACGCUGACCGUCGGUGGCCUGCUGGCCUUUGGUCUGGGAUUCUCAGAGUUCCUGCUGGUCUCCAAAACCUCCAGCCUCACUUUGUCCAUAUCAGGAAUCUUUAAGGAGGUGUGCACGCUGCUUUUGGCUGCAUCCCUGAUGGGAGACGAACUGAGCAUGCUCAACUGGCUGGGAUUCGCUGUGUGUCUUUGCGGCAUCUCAUUACAUGUGGGACUAAAAACGUAUUACUCCAAAAAUAAACUGCCGUCUCUGCAGCAGCACAACAGGAGCUCCAAGCUGGCGCUGCCGCUGUUACGGCAGGAAAGCGAUCAAGACUCCACCACCGACGAAGACGAGGGUAAAGAGCAGGAAAUGGUGCUAAACUGACGUCCCAACACGGAAUCCUUCAGUUUUUACCUGCAGGUCUGAACACCAGAACAUUCCGUCAGAUGACGUCAGGAAACUGUUUCCUUCAUCGACCUGCCUCUCAGGGACCCCCCCUUCUCAACACAGCAUCCACUGUGGUUUACAAAGGGGGGGCCUUUUGGUACGAAUGACGCGUGUUUGACAGUUAGAAUAUCUAAAACUCUUUGAUUUAGUUUAAUCUGAAAACUGUCCCAGGAUGGGGAAAGACCCAGCUCUAAGACAUUAGAGAAAAAGUUAUACAUGAAAUACAUUUGGAUUCGUUUUUUUAGUUUUGCAGCCGGAUUUGCAAUCCUUUUUUAGGUUUGAUAAUUAUUGAUAUUUAAAUUUGUAAAACAGAGUGGUUGAUCUGCAACACCAUCAGUAAAUCUGGAAAUAUGACAAACUUUGGUAAAGGACUUCCUGAAUCAACGGGACUCAGUUUGAAGACUUAUCUCCAAACUUACAUGUUAACAGACGAUCUGGUGAUGUGUGAAAUGUUUGUUAGCUUUGUGUCAGAGUAAAGCAGAAACAUUCCUUUACUGCGUGUAACUGAAAGACCUUAAACAUUUUCAUUUAAAGACCUUCAAGUGCCUUAUUUGCUGCUAUCAAAACCAUUUCUAAAUACUGUUCAGAGGACAUGAAAGGUUUUCUAAAGUUAAUCACUAAGCUGGUAUAAUUUAAUAUUCAAUCGUGAUUUCGUUUUUUUUUUUUUUUUUUUAAGGAGUAUGAGAAAUAAAGAGAUGAAAAGCUGAA